AUGGAGAACCAUGACAAGGGUGGAGGUGAAGGAGGAGGAGAAGGAGACAAGAAACAUCUCCCAGAGGAGGUGAGCGAGAGCGACAAGGAGACCAAGGACCAGCGCAACAAGGCGGAGAAGGGAGAGAAGGAGACAGAGAACAACGGCAGUGAAAAGGAGAGGGUUGAGGGGAAAAGGGAAAGCUGCCGUCGCUCAGGCUCCCUGUGGAGGGGGGGCUGGGCCCUGACGGAGCGGCUAGCCAUCAACGUGUCGGGGAUGCGCUACGAGACACAGCUCCGCACUCUGGCCCAGUUCCCUGACUCCCUCCUGGGGGACCCUAACCGCAGAAUUCGCUACUUUGACCCUCUGCGCAAUGAGCUGUUCCUGGACCGGAACCGGAACUGCUUCGACGCCAUCCUGUACUUCUACCAGUCUGGCGGGCGGCUGCGGCGGCCUGCCAACGUGCCCCUGGAUGUGUUCUUGGAUGAGCUGCGCUUCUAUGAGCUUGGUGAGGAGAUCAUGGAACGCUUCAAGGAGGAUGAGGGCUUCCCCAAGGAGGAGGUGCCUGCGCUGCCUGAGAACGAGAUGCAGAGGAAGGUUUGGAUGCUUUUUGAGCAUCCAGAAUCCUCCUCGGGCGCACGCAUCAUCGCCAUCAUCAGCGUCAUGGUCAUUGUGGUGUCCAUCGCCAUCUUCUGCUUGGAGACGCUGCCUGACUUCAGGAAUGAGAAGGAGCUCCGAGAGAAAUUCACCUACCAGCCCCAUCCUACCCUCCCCAACAUCACCAUCCUGGUCCCUCCCACUGGCAGUGCUUUCCAUGACCCCUUCUUCCAGGUGGAGACCAUAUGUAUCUUCUGGUUCUCCUUUGAGCUCAUUAUGCGCUUAGCCAGCUCCCCCAGUAAGCUCCACUUCUUCAAGGACGUGAUGAACACUAUCGACUUCCUCGCCAUCAUUCCCUUCUUCGUCACUCUGGGCACAGAGCUGGCCAGGGACAAAACCUCCAACAAGGACCCGGGCAUGUCUUUGGCCAUCAUCAGGGUCAUUAGGCUGGUCAGGGUGUUCAGGAUCUUCAAGCUGUCGCGUCACUCCAAGGGCCUGCAGAUCCUGGGCCAGACUCUGAAGGCCAGCCUGAGAGAGCUGGCCCUGCUCAUCUUCUUCCUCUUCAUCGGAGUCAUCCUCUUCUCCAGCGCUGUCUACUUCGCCGAGGCGGACAGCCCCGACACGGUGUUCACCAGCAUCCCUGAGGCCUUCUGGUGGGCUGUGGUCUCCAUGACGACAGUGGGAUACGGGGACAUGUACCCUACGACUCUGGGGGGCAAGCUGGUGGGCUCCAUGUGUGCCAUCGCUGGCGUGCUCACCAUCUCCCUGCCAGUCCCCGUCAUUGUGUCCAACUUCAGCUACUUCUAUCACCGAGAGACGGAGUGUCUCGAGAAAAUCAGUGAGUACACCCACAUCAGCACCUCUGUCUGGGAGGGUGAGGAUGAGGAGGGAGACGAGGGGGAGGGAGAUUACACUCCCCUGUAUGUGGGCGACUGCAAGGGAAUCUGUAACCCCCUCAAUAGGACACUGCUGUCAGGACUGUGUGCGGGGCAGGACGGGUGGGAGAACAAAGGCAACGUGUACCUCAGGGAACCCCUGGUCACUCAGGUGUGA